AUGGCAACAGUAGAAAAACCAAUCUUGAACGUUUGCUUCAUCGGACACGUAGACAGUGGCAAGAGCACGACGGUGGGUAAUCUAGCGUUUCAGCUCGGGGCAAUAGAUCCUCGUAAGAUGGAGAAGCUAAAGAAGGAGGCGGAAGACCGUGGACGAGGUACCUUCAGUUACGCGUACGUCAUGGAUAUGUCGGCCGCGGAGCGUGACAGAGGUAUAACAAUCACAACGUCAUUGAUGAAGUUAGAAACACCAAAACACAUGUUGAACGUUAUCGACUGCCCUGGGCACAAAGAUUUCAUCAAAAAUAUGGUAACGGGUGCUGCACAGGCUGACGCGGGUGUGGUGUUGGUGCCCUGCGCAACCAACGAGUUCGAGAGUUGUAUAUCUGGUGGUACGCUCAAGGACCACAUAAUGAUCAGUGGGGUACUCGGAUGCAGGAAGCUGAUCGUGUGUGUGAACAAGUGCGAUACGGUCGAGUCGUCGAAGAUGAAGGCGCGUUUCGAUGAGGUAAGAAAGGAAAUGCUCAACAUCAUUGCGAAGUGCCACCCAGACAAGGACCCUAUUGUCAUCCCGAUCUCAGGCUACAACGGAAUUAACAUCGUGGAGAAAGGCGAGAAGUAUGCGUGGUUUGAGGGGUGGAAGCCAAAGGCAAAUCCUGAUGCUGAGCCGUUAUUUACACUUGAGGGUGCGCUUAACUCACAGGUACCGCCACCCCGUCCUAUUGACAAGCCGCUCAGAAUGCCGAUCGACUCUGUGCACAAAAUUCCCGGUAUUGGGAUGGUGUACACCGGCCGAGUGAGCACAGGUGUGAUCAAACCGGGAAUGGUCGUCUCCGUGCAGCCCACCAAUGUGGUUGCUGAAGUAAAAACUCUCGAGAUCCACAAAACACCGCGUGCAGAAGUAGUGAGCGGUGAAAACUGUGGUGUUGCACUCAAGGCGGCCACAAAGGGAAAUCCUGCACUAAUCAAGCCGGGCCAUGUGAUGAGUGACGUCAAAAACGUGCCGAUCACUGUGUUCGAGGCUGCACGUGCAAAGGUUGUUGUCGUUGAACACCCCAAGGGUAUCAAACCUGGGUAUUGUCCGGUGAUGGAUCUUGGUACACACCACGUUCCGUGCCAGAUUUCAAAAUUCUUCAGCAAGAAAAUGCAGGGCGUUGCCGAUGAGAUCACCAGCCCAGAUGUUGUCAGCAAGGGCGAAAAUGUUACAUGCAUAAUUCACCCGCAGAAACCUGUAGUUAUGGAAACGAUCAAAGAAGUUCCAUCGCUUGCACGAUUUGCACUGAGAGACGGUGGUAGAAUUGUUGGUAUAGGUGCGAUCGAUCUGCGAUACACGAAGGAGGAGUUUGAAAAGGAAUGUGCUUCCGAGAAGGGGGGCAAAGAAGGAAAAGAGGAGGCUCCUGCAAGAAGGAGAGCGAGAGGUGGUUAAGUAACGUAAUUAAAAGUUUUACGAAAAUUGUUGUUUGUUUUUGUUUUGAGUAUUAUGUUGAGCAGAGUUGCUCUUAGUUUAUUCCGACCUAAUUU